GGCGACAAACCCUAUCGCCGAACAAAGCCCCAUUUUCCUCUAGCUUGCGCACCGCCUCUCGCUCUCUCUCCCUACCGGCUUACAUAAAGAUGGAGGAAACCUUGUAUGAUGAGUUUGGUAACUAUAUUGGACCUGAGAUUGAGUCUGACAGAGAUAGUGAUGAUGAAGUAGAAGAUGAAGAUCUCCAAGAUAAGCAACUUGAAAAUGGAUCGGAUGGCGAACAAGGGCCUGGGGGUUCUAAUGGCUGGAUUACCACUAUCAAUGAUGUUGAGAUGGAGAACCAAAUUGUUCUUCCUGAGGAUAAGAAGUACUACCCUACUGCUGAAGAGGUUUAUGGUGAGGGUGUUGAGACCUUGGUUAUGGAUGAAGAUGAGCAGCCUCUUGAGCAACCCAUAAUCAAACCUGUUAGAGAUAUUAGAUUUGAGGUGGGGAUCAAGGAUCAAUCAACCUACGUGUCAACACAGUUUCUUAUCGGCCUCAUGUCUAAUCCCACGCUUGUGAGGAAUGUUGCUCUUGUGGGGCAUCUACAGCACGGCAAAACUGUCUUCAUGGAUAUGUUGGUAGAGCAGACGCAUCAUAUGUCUACUUUUAAUACUAAAAACGAGAAGCAUAUGAAAUAUACAGACACACGAGUCGAUGAGCAGGAGAGAAAUAUAUCAAUCAAGGCGGUUCCAAUGUCUCUUGUCCUUGAGGACAGUAGAUCCAAAUCAUACCUGUGCAAUAUCAUGGAUACCCCUGGACAUGUCAAUUUCUCUGACGAAAUGACUGCUUCUCUAAGACUUGCUGAUGGUGCUGUUCUGAUUGUUGAUGCUGCUGAAGGAGUGAUGGUAAACACAGAGAGAGCUAUACGGCAUGCAAUCCAGGACCGUCUCCCUAUUGUUGUUGUGAUCAAUAAGGUUGACAGGCUCAUAACUGAGCUCAAACUACCUCCAAGGGAUGCUUACUACAAGCUGAGGCAUACAAUUGAAGUCAUUAAUAACCACAUAUCUGCUGCUUCAACAACUGCUGGAAACUUACCUCUUAUAGACCCUGCAGCUGGAAAUGUAUGUUUUGCCAGUGGUACAGCCGGAUGGUCCUUCACAUUGCAAUCUUUUGCUAAAAUGUACGCCAAGCUUCAUGGGGUGGCCAUGGACGUGGAUAAGUUUGCAUCUCGACUUUGGGGAGAUGUUUAUUAUCACCCUGAUACUAGGGUAUUCAAGAGAAAUCCUCCAGUAGGUGGUGGAGAAAGAGCAUUUGUUCAGUUUAUUCUGGAGCCUCUAUACAAGAUAUACAGCCAAGUGAUAGGUGAACAUAAGAAGAGUGUAGAGACCACCCUUGCAGAAUUAGGAGUGACUCUGAGUAAUAGUGCGUAUAAGCUGAACGUCAGACCUUUACUUAGGUUAGCCUGUAGUUCAGUUUUUGGUUCGGCAUCAGGGUUCACUGAUAUGUUGGUAAAGCACAUUCCUUCCCCCAGAGAGGCUGCAGCUAGGAAAGUCGACCAUUCAUACACUGGAACCAAAGAUUCCCCCAUUUAUGAAUCAAUGGUAGAAUGUGAUCCAUCUGGACCUCUCAUGGUUAAUGUGACAAAGUUGUACCCCAAAUCAGAUACUAGCGUUUUUGAUGUGUUUGGAAGGGUUUAUAGCGGUAGGCUUCAAACAGGGCAAAGCGUACGUGUACUAGGAGAAGGGUAUUCACCUGAGGAUGAGGAGGACAUGACUAUAAAAGAAGUGACGAAGCUAUGGAUAUAUCAGGCUAGGUAUAGAAUACCAGUAAGCAGUGCCCCUCCCGGUUCCUGGGUUUUAAUUGAAGGUGUAGAUGCGUCCAUCAUGAAAACUGCAACUCUGUGUAAUGCAAGCUAUGAUGAAGAUGUCUACAUAUUCCGGGCUCUCCAAUUUAAUACCCUCUCAGUAGUCAAGACUGCAACUGAGCCUUUGAAUCCUAGUGAGCUGCCUAAAAUGGUGGAAGGACUUAGGAAAAUUAGCAAAAGCUAUCCCCUUGCGAUUACCAAAGUUGAGGAGUCUGGGGAACAUACUAUUUUAGGCACAGGUGAGUUGUACUUGGAUUCCAUCAUGAAGGACCUCAGGGAACUCUAUUCAGAGGUCGAAGUAAAGGUCGCAGAUCCGGUGGUCUCCUUCUGUGAGACGGUGGUUGAAUCUUCGUCGAUGAAGUGUUUUGCUGAGACACCAAACAAAAAGAACAAAAUAACUAUGAUUGCAGAGCCAUUGGAUAGAGGACUUGCAGAGGACAUUGAGAAUGGCGUUGUAAGCAUUGACUGGAACAGAAAACAACUUGGUGACUUCUUCAGGACGAAAUAUGACUGGGAUUUACUUGCUGCACGUUCCAUCUGGGCUUUUGGCCCUGACAAACAGGGGCCAAAUAUAUUAUUGGAUGACACACUUCCAACUGAGGUGGACAGGAACUUGAUGAUGGCAGUGAAAGACUCCAUUGUUCAAGGGUUCCAGUGGGGUGCUCGUGAAGGUCCCCUCUGUGAUGAGCCCAUCAGAAAUGUAAAGUUCAAGAUUGUUGAUGCAAGGAUAGCACCAGAGCCGUUGCAUAGAGGAUCUGGUCAGAUGAUUCCAACAGCAAGACGUGUUGCAUAUUCAGCCUUUCUUAUGGCAACUCCAAGGCUAAUGGAACCUGUCUAUUAUGUGGAGAUACAAACGCCAAUCGACUGUGUAACUGCAAUCUACACAGUUUUGUCACGCAGACGUGGCCAUGUCACAUCUGAUGUUCCCCAACCCGGUACUCCGGCUUAUAUCGUGAAGGCUUUUCUGCCUGUGAUAGAGUCAUUUGGGUUUGAGACAGAUCUGAGGUACCACACUCAGGGACAAGCCUUUUGCCUAUCUGUGUUUGAUCACUGGGCCAUAGUGCCAGGAGACCCUCUAGACAAAGCCAUCCAAUUGCGCCCACUUGAGCCCGCCCCUAUUCAGCAUCUAGCUCGUGAAUUCAUGGUCAAGACCCGCCGUAGAAAGGGAAUGAGCGAAGACGUCAGCGGGAAUAAAUUCUUUGAUGAAGCGAUGAUGGUAGAGCUUGCCCAGCAAACAGGCGAUCUCCAUCUGCAGAUGAUUUGAUGAUCUCUGCACUUUUUCAUAUAAAUCGUGAGCCUAAAGUCUUGGACUAGUAGUAGAAAUCUCCUCUUCUCUCUAUAUAUGUGAAAGGAGAACAAGAAAAUGUGGAUUAAUUUUGUAAUAGAUGUGUCAAAUUUAC